AUGUCACGGCGAAGGAGGCAUGACGAUUCGUACUACGACUGGUACAACGAACCGGAGCAGCGCUCCCCUGUCAGAGAGCGAGAGGUCGUCAUCCCCUCAGCCAUCACAUCGCGCUCAAACUCCCGCUCGCGCAUCUCAUCGCCCCGCCCUGGCUCGCGCGGCCUUGACAUCCGUUCUCGACCACGUUCGCCCGUUUCACGUUCCCCAGCUGGCCUGAGCGGCGCCAAUUCUAUCCCGGUGCCUGCUCGGACGUCGACACCCAGAGCCGCGGCAGAGCCCUUCCAGACGCCCCUCAAGUCACCACAGCGCGCCAAGUCGCCGCCUCGUGGUCCAGCAGCCCUGAGGGCCCCUCCCACUGGUCCCAGCGCCACAAGAAACUUCAGCACGCCCCAUGCGACGCCUGCUGCCCUGAGAUCUACGCCGGCCCCGUCGUACUCCUCGCGCGCAGAUACCCCCAGCCCAACGGUCCCUCCCUCAGGUCCUCGUGGCUAUGGCCCCCCAAGGGGCAACAGCUUCAGCUCUCGCGGCCGAGGAGGAGGAUGGGGCACUCCAGCCUCCCGACCGCAUUUCGCACCGGCGCCGGCCGCGUCACCAGCGACCCCUCCUACUGGUCCCAGCAGUGUCCCCACUGGCCCGCGCGCAUCAUUCUCAUCUAGGGAUACGCCCGCGCCGUCUCCUUCCAUCUCCUCGAAACCUUUCAACCCACCGACUGGCCCUGCUGCUCAAGGAGGUCAGCGCCAGACCCUCGCGCAGAACCUCAUUUCUUCGAUGCCGCACAUAGUCCCCGGCGGCAAGCUCGAACCGGCCUCAACGCCAAUGAUGACCGGUGUGACCAAGGAUCUCGAGGCUCACCACCGCCGCCUGAAGGAGGAGGAAGAGCGCAUCCGUGAGGAGCUGAAGGUCAAGGACGAGAAGCUACGCAAGAGCCUUCGCAUGUGGGAGAAGCUCGAGCGCGAGUCCAAGAGUUUCGAGCUCAAGAGCGACCUGAGUGAGAACUCUCUCAGGACCAUCGCCGGGGAAGGCGUGGGCGGUGCUGCAUUCUAG